CCCGCGAGCUCGCGGCGCAGCAGCAGGCCAAGCGCCGCCGAGGCCCCUGGCCUCAGACCCCGGCGGCAGCCCGGACGGCUGGGCGAGGGCUGGCGGCCUGAGCACUUUCUGCAGCCCCGCUCCUGGCCUUUAAGGGCCUCGACAGCCCAAGCGCCCAACUUUUUCCACCCCUCCCCCCCUCUCCUAAAACUCCAACAACAAAGAAAAGUAGUCGGCGGAGGGGUGGCGACGCCAGGUCGCCAGUUCCCCCUCUCCGAGGAAGACCGAAUACAGUUAUGGCUACCCAGGUGAUGGGGCAGUCUUCUGGAGGAGGAGGGCUGUUCACUGGCAGUGGCAACAUUGGCAUGGCCUUGCCCAACGACAUGUAUGACUUGCAUGACCUCUCCAAAGCUGAACUGGCUGCUCCUCAGCUUAUCAUGCUAGCAAACGUGGCCUUAACUGGGGAAGUGAAUGGCAGCUGCUGUGAUUACCUGGUUGGUGAAGAAAGACAGAUGGCAGAAUUGAUGCCUGUUGGGGAUAACAACUUUUCAGAUAGUGAUGGAGAAGGACUUGAGGAAUCUCCUGAAAUAAAAGGUGAACCUAAUGGACUCGAAAACAUGGAACUGAGAAGUUUGGAAGUCAAUGUUGUAGAACCACAGCCUGUAUUUGAGGCAUCAGCUGCCCCAGAAAUUUACAGCUCAAAUAAAGAUCUUCCUAAUGAAACACCUGGAGCAGAGGACAAAUGCAAGAACUUGAAGACCAAACCCUUUCGCUGUAAGCCAUGCCAAUAUGAAGCAGAAUCUGAAGAACAAUUUGUGCAUCAUAUCAGAGUUCAUAGUGCCAAGAAGUUUUUUGUGGAAGAAAGUGCAGAGAAGCAAGCAAAAGCCAGAGAAUCUGGCUCUUCCACUGCUGAAGAGGGAGAUUUCUCUAAGGGCCCCAUUCGCUGUGACCGCUGUGGCUACAAUACCAAUAGAUAUGAUCACUAUACUGCGCACCUGAAACACCACACAAGAGCUGGAGAUAACGAGCGAGUCUACAAGUGCAUCAUUUGCACUUACACAACAGUAAGCGAGUAUCACUGGAGGAAACACUUAAGAAACCAUUUUCCAAGGAAAGUAUACACAUGUGGUAAAUGCAACUAUUUUUCAGACAGAAAAAACAAUUACGUUCAGCACGUUCGAACUCAUACAGGAGAACGCCCAUAUAAAUGUGAACUUUGUCCUUAUUCAAGUUCUCAGAAGACUCAUCUAACUAGACAUAUGCGUACUCAUUCAGGUGAGAAGCCAUUUAAAUGUGAUCAGUGCAGUUAUGUGGCCUCUAAUCAACAUGAAGUAACCCGCCAUGCAAGACAGGUUCACAAUGGGCCUAAACCUCUUAAUUGUCCCCACUGUGACUACAAAACAGCAGAYAGAAGCAACUUCAAAAAACAUGUAGAGCUACAUGUGAACCCACGGCAGUUUAAUUGCCCUGUAUGCGACUAUGCAGCUUCCAAAAAGUGUAAUCUACAGUAUCAUUUCAAGUCUAAGCAUCCUACUUGUCCUAAUAAAACAAUGGAUGUGUCAAAAGUGAAAUUAAAGAAAACCAAAAAGCGAGAGGCUGACUUACUUGAUAACAGUACUACCAAUGAAAAAACAGAAACAGAGCAAACGAAAAUAAAGGGGGAUGUAGCUGGAAAGAAAAAUGAGAGGUCUGUAAAAGUGGAGAAAAAAGAUAAUGUUUCAAAAGAGAAAAAACCUUGUAGCAAUGUUUCAAUGAUUCAGGUCACUACCAGAACUCGCAAGUCAGCAAUAGAAGCUAAAGACCUGGAUGUGCAUACAAGAAAUAAUUCAGAAAAAUCCUGUAAAGCCAAGAAAAGCAAAAGGAAGAUGGAAACUGAAGCCCAUUCCAUGCAUGAUCCUGUGAAUGAUGAGGAAUCUAUGACAAAAAAGAAAAGGAAGAUAGAAGGUAAAUCCAAAAAUAGCCAGGAAGUACCAAAGGGUGAUAACAAAGUGGAGGAGAAUAAAAAACAAAAUACCUGCGUGAAAAAAAAUACCAAGAAGAAAACCCUAAAAAAUAAACAAAGUAAAAAAAGCAGCAAGCCUUCUCAGAAAGACACCUCUCAGAAGGAACCUGUUCAAAAGGAGACUAGUCAGAAGGGGCCUGUUCAAGAUGUUCAGAAGGGGCCUGUUCAAGAUGUUCAGAAGGGGCCUCUGCAGAUAGAGUUGCCUCUACCCAUGGAACCUGUUCAAGUAGAGCCUGCUCACAUGGAGGUGGUUCAGAAGGGGCCUGUUCAAGUAGAGCCUGCUCACAUGGAGGUGGUUCAGAAGGGAACUGGGGAUUGA